AACGUUAACGUUGUCUGCACAAACACGGACGCAGUUCUUAGACGCACGUGUGAAGUGGUUCCUGGUCCUGGUGGGUUCUAAACUGAAGCCCGUGCAUCAGUAGCACGAGAACAAGGACCGUCCACGAUCCCCGCUGCAGUUGACGGGACGCGUUCUAAAUGCAAAUAAAAACUUUCAAUAAUUACAUUUGUUUUAUUUGACGGAUUCAAUCACUUCCUGCGGCUGCGGCUUCUCUGCAGGUGCAGCCCUCCAGAGACUCGUCGUCCUCUUCGGCGCUGACAUGAACUCACGUACAUUAUUUAGCAGUCUCACCCCUGACCCACAUUCAGCACGGGCUCAACGUAAACCUCCGUCCCUCAUGUGCGCGCUGAUUGGACGGCGAGACUCGCUCGUGAACGCGCCCGCGUGAACCCGCCCGGCCUGUGUCUCCAGGAGACUCUCCCGCGUGCCCGCGCACACGCGCCGCGCGUCGCGUCGACUGCUUCGCGAGCGCGUUCCCUUCAGAAAAAUCUGUGUCGGGCGUGCCCGCCAGUGGAAUGCGCGCAGGCGCAGUGGCGACUGGCGGCUCCCGUCCGACGUUAAUUGGAGAGCACCGCUGAUGUAGGUGGUAAAAUGUAAAUAGCUGGCGCUUUUGUGCGGGGAGCUGUUUUUCUAAGAGCAGAGGGAAGUUGAGGUGCGUUUCUGCGCCGCCGCUCUCAUGCUCGUAUUUUUGUGCUCGUGUGGAUGAAACCGCACGUCGCCACGUUAGUUGGAGCAAGUUAAUCUUCCCAUGAGGCGGAUGGAGCUGCACCUGUUCGGAUGCGUUUUCCGACUCGUUCUCCGUUAGUGGACCGUUGUUUUCUGCUGCGUCACUUUCGUGUUGUUCUGUUUUUUUUUCAGAUUUUGAUUUAAUUAAUUGUGAAGCGGCGCAUAAAUCAGGACAAGGGGCUCCGGGUCGAACAAACUUCCUCCAUCUAAUUUUUUCUUGUAAUUUUCGAAGCCUGUGUUUUGUGACUGGACGUGGAGGAUCGAAGCCGAGUGUUUUUAAUGGCUUACAUGUAGCAGAGACACGGGCUGUGCGCGUUUGUGUGGGGUUCGUCAGCGGCUUAUAUAAGAGGCGCCGUCAUGUAUGCGGGACGCAAGAGGAGAAAACCGGUCCAGAGAGCGGUGAAGCAGGCUCCGGCCGAAGGCGCCAAGUCCAACCCGUCCAAGCGGCACCGGGACCGGCUGAACGGGGAGCUGGAGCGCCUGGCCGGCCUGCUGCCGUUCCCGGAGGAGGUCACGGCCAGUCUGGACAAACUGUCCAUCCUCCGCCUCAGCGUCAGCUUCCUGAGGGCCAAGAACUUCUUCUCUGUCGCCCUGAACAGCCGGAACGGAGCGAGUCCAGGCAGCGGCGAUGUGGGCGGCAAAAGCGCUGCAGCCGCGGGGACCAGGAUCCCCGAAGGAGAGCUCCUGCUGCAGGCCCUCAACGGCUUUGUGCUGGUCGUCACCGCCAGCGGAACCAUCUUCUAUUCGUCCCACACCAUCCAGGACUAUCUGGGCUUCCACCAGACGGAUGUGAUGCACCAGAGUGUGUAUGAGCUGGUUCACACCGAGGACCAGCAGGAGCUCAGGAGGAACCUGCACUGGGCCUUAAAUCCUCCUCCUGCCGCUGCACCUGCCGCCCAAGACUCGCCCCAAGAGGUGGAACCGGACGUGGGCGCGUCCUUGGUCACCUACAACCCUGAGCAGCUUCCUCCCGAGAACUCGUCUUUCCUGGAGAGGAGCUUCGUGUGCCGCUUCCGCUGCCUGCUGGACAACUCCUCUGGCUUCCUGGCUUUAAACAUCCAGGGGCGCCUCAAGUUUCUGCACGGACAGAACCAUCGGCAGGAGAACGGGGGAAAGGCCCCUCCGCAGCUCGCCCUCUUUGCCAUAGCGACCCCUCUGCAGCCUCCAUCCAUCCUGGAGAUCAGAACCAAGAAUAUGAUCUUCAGAACCAAACACAAGCUGGACUUCACACCCAUGGCCUGCGAUGCAAAGGGCAAGAUCGUGCUGGGCUACACCGAGGCCGAGCUGCGGGUCCGAGGCUCCGGCUACCAGUUCAUCCACGCCGCUGACAUGCUGCACUGCGCAGAGAACCACGUCAGGAUGAUAAAGACGGGAGAGAGUGGUCUGACUGUGUUCAGGCUGCUCACCAAAGAGAACCGCUGGAAGUGGGUCCAGGCUAACGCCAGGCUGGUGUAUAAGAACGGCAAACCGGACUACAUCAUCGCCACCCAGAGGCCUCUGCUAGAGGAGGAGGGAGGAGAACACCUGCGCAAGCGCUCCAUGCACCUGCCCUUCACCUACGCUACAGGCGAGGCCCUGCUCUACCAGUCCAACCAUCCCAUCGCGGGCUUCAGAGAUGGAGGCCACGAGAAGAACAGCAGCAAGUCAAAGAAGAGCCGGAGCGACAGGCUGCCGAGAGACAGCCUGGACCCGGGCUCGCUCCUGGGGGCCCUGAUGAGUCAGGACGUGUCGGUGUACGUCUCCCAGCCGGCGGUGGAGCCCAAAAUGUCCUUCCACAGCAGCUUCUUCGACCAAAUCGACUUCUCCGUCUCGGGAGCCUGCAGCCUGCACAGGGGCUGGGAUCAGCCCAGCAACGGCGUGGUGAGUGCGGGCGUCGCAGAGCCCAGCACCAGCACCGGCACUGGCGCCGGCGCCAUCAGCAGCUUCGACCCGCUGCUGGCGACGCUGGACUCCCUGUCGCUAGAAGGCCAAGGCGUGGUGGACGCAGACGCCGGCGGCUGUUCCAACGGCGAGCUGUUCGGGGCUCUGGAAGGACUGGGGCUGAGCGCCGAGGACCUGGAGCUGCUGCUGCUGGACGAGCGGAUGAUCAGAGUAGAGAUGGAUCCUGAGCACGUGCCCACUUUGGAUGAUCUGCUGACAAACGACGAGAUCCUGUCCUACAUCUACGACUCCAUAGAGGGGAAACCGGACUCUGCAGAGGUGCCUCUUUGUGCGUCCACGGCCUCGGCUUCGCUGCCUGACAGCGGCCGCGCCUCCAGCAGUAGCCUCCAGCAAACGCCCAUUCCUCUGCACAAGCUCCCCCUGGUGGGGCAGACUCCCAUCCUCCAGCUGUCCCAGCAGAUGCAGAAGCACCUCCACAUGCACACGGGCAAAUCCACGCACAACUGGGGCCAGAGCGACUGCCUGGCCAACACCAUGGUCCCUGGAGAACUUCUCGGGGAUGAUCCGUCUCUCUCCAAUGGGCAAUGGUCAAACCAGGACCUGCUGAGCAGCGCAGGGACCCAACACUUCAGCUCCCAAGCAGCCGUCUUCAAUGGCAAAGCCUCCGAGCUGGACGCGGAGCUCCUGCAGCAUCAGCACUACCUGCAGCAGAACCAGCUCUCCGUGCAGUGCCACGCCGAGCAGAAGGCGCCCGCCCUCAACGGGCAGUGUGGCGUCUCCAGCGCUGAGCAAUCAGCAGCGAAAGCCCCAUGGCAGAACUGUGGAUUCAGCGACGCCUGCCUGGACGACGGCCACAAACCUGCCCCCAGCGCCCCCCUGGACUCCUGCUUGACCUACAGCUUGUCUGACAUUGACAGCGUGGACUACACAGACAGUGGCAGCGCUCUGUUCGCCCGGGCCGGCGUGCAGCACGAGGCUGCCGUCCCGUCCUUCCAGGGGCCGACCCACAAACCGCAGCAGGAGCAGGUCCUGGUUCCGCUGGCCCAGGUCAUCUCCAGCUUGUCUCAGUGCCCUCCACCCAGCGCCUCCCUGGAGCACAUCCUCGGCGUGGGAAAGUCCUGCCGGCAGCUCGACCACUACGGCGUGGUGGCCUCUGAGAUCCCGCAGGAGGCCGUUCACAGUAAGAUGGAGAGCAGCUGCAUCCUGAACAGCUCCUACCCAGGAGGCUGCGCUCUGCCCAACGGGAACGGACCAGCGCCGCCUGCUGUCCAGAUGCACAGCCCUGAGACUCUGUCCAGCCUGUCGGACCCUCCCACCACCGGCUUCUACCUCUGACCUGAACCAGGAGCAGCAGGACACUGAGAACAGAGGGUCACAAUGACUGGAGCAGCCUUAUACAUCUGGAGACCGAGGCAGGAACUGAUGAAACCUGUAUGUUUGGUUUUUAAUUUGGGAGGCGAUCGUCGUGUUGUAUAAGUCAUAUUAUCAUAUGAGUCCUUUGUUUACAAAAUGCAGUCCAGCGUGUUUGUUUUAAAUAUUAUGGAGGUAAAUGUGAGUUUAGUUUUAUGUGUGAUCACAUACAGCACAAAGCUCAGCUUCAGUUUGACAAACACUCACCGGCCCCUUUAAACUAAGCCUGCAGAGUCCAGUGCAGUCCAGUCCAGUACCUCAGCUCUGCUGUGAUGCUGGUCAGUUAAAAGAUGUGGACCUGAACAUUUGAACUCACUCUAGUCGGAGUCCAACUCCCACUGGAACACGUAAUUGUCACAGGGGCUGAAGUGGCCUGUGAGUGUUAAAUAAGAGACGUCGCAAAGAUUCUGUCAGGUUGACUGGAUGUGGACGAGACAAUGACACAUUGAACAUCUCCUGGAGCAGAAGAGAUUAGUAUUAUUGAGAUCCCUAUGUGGAAGGAUGGUUGGAGAAUGGAUGGAUGUAUAUCUGCUUUGUUUUCAUACACACACACACACACACACCUUCCCCUUCAGUGAACGUCUGACGUUCUUAGUAACAGGUACCAGUUGACACCAGCGCUGCUACGUCUUUGCUUUUAUUUUUUUCAUCAUGCUACAAGAAUGUACUCUUUCAGUAUUUAGUGAUUUCUGUGAGUGUGAUUGAUUCAGACAUGUUUGAAAAAGAUGGAAAUGAUGGCUAGAAUUAUCCUGCACUUUAUUUCAAUCACCCACCUGCUGCAGAUGUGAAGUGAGGAAAACAGAGUUAAAAAAGAAAAUCCAGGAGUUUAUUGGUUCAUUUGUUGAGGUGGCGUAUUCACGACUUCACGCACGCACGUUCUGUACAGCCGUCAGUCAGUUUAUACGUAUGUCGAUGAAUCAUGACGUUCUUUUCCUCGAUUGACAAACAUGACUUAUGUUGGAGUCUGCCAGAAAACAAACACCGUGCUCUCCACCGAGCCUGGGGGUCCUUCAGGCGAGCCCUUCCAGCUCUGCACAGGUUUGGAGCAGUAACAGAAGACAGAGAAACCAAAUGAGAGAUCUCUACUGGACGGAUGCAGUUCUGAAUGUUUCUUGUACAUACGUAUAGUCACAUGACUGGAAAACUAUUCAGAGUAGAAUUAUUUCAUCCAGAAAAAGAUGCUGAAGAGAGAUUUCUGUUUAAUUGUUCAUCGUUGUUCAUCGUACUAUUAAUAUUAUUGUUGAGUCUUAUGUUGAAAUGUGAAACACACAGUUACAUGUCAUUCCAGCUGAUUCUUUUCUUUUUCUACAGCAGAACAUUUUGCUAUAUUUAAUAUGAUUAAUGUGACUUAUUGACAAUGUGAAAAUGUGUACAUAAAGGCAAAUACAGGUAUGUACAUAGUUUUAUGUCAAAACACUUGUUUGGAGCACUAAUUUUAAGACACUCUUAUCAGGCUCAUUCGUUGACUCGUUUGUGUUGCUGUUGUUGUCGUCAUUCUGCUUUUGUAUUGUAAAUACUGUCAUCACUUAACACUGGACUCCGACAGCCUGAACCAGGUGCCAUACUGCUCACACACGGUACGUCGUCUCUUUAGCCACGCUAGCUUUUAACAUGCUAACAGGCGCAGAUGUAGAUGUUACAGACUUGUGAAGUGUAUGAUUUUCCUCCUGAGAUAAAAGUAAACUUUCUUUGACCACCGUGAGAAGCACAAACGUGUUGCGAGGUUCUUGCUCUGACCACUCGUCCGUCUCCCUCUGCGUUCUCCAGCUUUGUUUUCACUCGGACAGUAAGUGGCCGCCAUGUUCGACCUUCGUCGGUGAUUCCCUGACAUGUAAAGGUGCUAUGUGUAGCAUUUUAACAUCAAUAAACUGUUACCACAUCA